AUCCCCAUUUGCCUCAUUUUCGGCCCACCACACCCAACACUACUCUCUUCUCUCUCUAUCUCUCUCCCUACAAAGAGAGAUGAACCGACCUGAGGAGAAGACCAUCAUCAUCAUCAUCGAAUCUCACAGCUCUCAAACCCUAAUAGAAACCUACGAACCACGCUAACUCACCAAAAAUUCUUAGCUUCCUUUUUCUUCCAUCUCCGUCGCCACCCUAUCGCUUUGUCACCGUUCUAUUCGUUCAUCGCACUAUAUGCUUCCAAGAAAGAGAGCUGCGGGAGGAGAGGCUGUAGUUGAAGAAGGAGAACCAGAUUUCGCCGCAGAAUCUCCGAUCAAGAAGCUUUGCUCAUCGGCCGCGACCACGGGGAACUCCAAGAGCUCCGAUAACAGCAACAACAACACCAUUGACAACAAGGAGGAGAUAAAAAAUAAUACUAGUGCUACGGACGUCAAAUCGCCGAUCAUGCCUUUAGGUAACGGGAGAUCGCCGGAUAUCGAUGAGGAUCUACACAGUCGUCAGCUCGCCGUCUACGGCCGCGAGACUAUGCGGCGGCUUUUUGCCUCCAACAUUCUUGUAUCGGGGAUACAAGGCCUAGGAGCUGAGAUUGCAAAGAAUCUUGUUCUUGCUGGUGUCAAGUCUGUGACGUUGCAUGAUGAAGGAGUCGUUGAGCUGUGGGAUUUGUCUAGCAAUUUCAUCUUUUCGGAGGAUGAUGUUGGGAAGAACCGUGCCCUUGCCUCUGUUCAAAAGUUGCAAGAACUUAAUAAUGCGGUGCUCAUUUCAACUAUAACCACAGAACUCACUAAGGAACAGCUUUCUAAUUUUCAGGCUGUUGUUUUCACUGAUAUCAGUUUAGAGAAAGCAAUUGAAUUCAAUGAUUAUUGCCAUAAUCAUGAACCACCAAUUUCUUUUAUCAAAUCUGAAGUUAGAGGCCUCUUUGGUAGUGUGUUUUGUGAUUUUGGUCCUGAGUUUACCGUUGUUGAUGUUGAUGGUGAGGAUCCACACACGGGCAUUAUAGCAUCAAUUAGCAAUGACAACCCUGCUCUUGUAGCAUGUGUUGAUGAUGAGAGGCUCGAGUUUCAGGAUGGGGAUCUGGUUGUGUUCUCUGAAAUACAUGGAAUGACAGAAUUGAAUGAUGGAAAACCUAGGAAGAUUAAAAACGCAAGACCCUACUCAUUCACAAUUGAAGAGGAUACUACAAAUUAUGCUUCAUAUGAGAAAGGUGGUAUAGUCACACAAGUGAAACAACCCAAGGUGCUGAACUUUAAGCCGCUGCGAGAAGCAUUAGAGGAUCCUGGCGAUUUUCUUCUAAGUGACUUUUCCAAAUUUGAUCGUCCACCUCUCCUACACUUGGCUUUUCGGGCACUGGAUAAGUUUACAGUGGAGCUGGGACGAUUUCCCAUUUCUGGAUCAGAGGAUGAUGCUAAAAAGUUCAUUUCUUUGGUUGCUAGCAUCAAUGAUAGUUCAACAGAUGGAAGGUGUGAGGAAAUUGAUGAAAAACUUCUCAGGCAUUUUGCAUUUGGUGCUAGGGCUGUUCUGAAUCCCAUGGCUGCAAUGUUUGGUGGAAUUGUUGGACAGGAAGUUGUGAAGGCCUGUUCUGGGAAAUUUCAUCCUCUUCUCCAGUUUUUCUACUUUGAUUCAGUUGAGUCCCUUCCCGUGGAACCCUUAGAUCCCAGUGAUUUGAAGCCAUUAAACAGCCGCUAUGAUGCACAAAUUUCAGUUUUUGGAUCCAAGCUGCAGAAAAAGCUGGAGGACUCAAGAGUUUUUGUUGUAGGAUCUGGUGCUCUAGGGUGUGAAUUUUUGAAGAAUUUAGCUUUGAUGGGUGUUUGUUGUGGUAAACAAGGGAAGUUGACAAUAACAGAUGAUGAUGUCAUUGAGAAGAGUAAUCUUAGCAGACAAUUUCUCUUCAGGGAUUGGAACAUUGGGCAGGCUAAAUCAACAGUGGCUGCCUCUGCUGCUGCUUUGAUUAAUCCAAGUCUAAACAUUGAAGCACUGCAGAAUCGUGCAAGCCCUGAGACUGAAAAUAUAUUUGAUGAUACAUUUUGGGAGAAUUUAAAUGUUGUUGUCAAUGCAUUGGACAAUGUCAAUGCUAGGCUUUACAUUGAUCAGAGAUGCUUGUAUUUCCAGAAACCACUGUUGGAGUCUGGAACAUUAGGUGCCAAGUGCAACACACAAAUGGUCAUUCCUCACUUGACUGAGAAUUAUGGUGCCUCACGUGACCCACCUGAAAAGCAAGCACCCAUGUGCACAGUUCAUUCAUUCCCUCAUAACAUUGAUCACUGUUUGACAUGGGCUCGUUCUGAAUUUGAGGGUUUACUAGAGAAGACUCCUGCUGAAGUGAAUGCCUAUCUUACCAAUCCUAGUGAAUAUACUUCUGCAAUGAAGAAUGCUGGUGAUGCUCAGGCCAGGGAUAACUUGGAACGUGUUCUCGAAUGUCUUGACAGGGAGAGAUGUGAAAAUUUCCAAGAUUGCAUCAGCUGGGCCCGGCUGAAAUUUGAAGAUUACUUUGCUAACCGUGUGAAGCAGCUGACAUAUACUUUUCCUGAGGAUGCUACAACCAGUAAUGGUACCCCAUUCUGGUCUGCCCCCAAGCGUUUCCCACGCCCCCUGCUGUAUUCAGCUGAUGAUACCAGCCACCUUCAAUUUGUAAUGGCAGGAGCAAUACUACGAGCAGAGACAUUUGGCAUCCUAAUUCCUGAUUGGGUCAAGUCUCCUAAAAAACUAGCUGAUGCUGUUAACAAGGUGAUUGUUGCUGAUUUUCAACCAAAGAAAGACGUGAAUAUUGUGACAGACGAGAAAGCCACAAGCCUUUCAACUGCAUCUAUUGAUGAUGCUGCAGUCAUCGAUGAGUUGAUUAUGAAGUUGGACAAAUGUCAGAAGCAGCUGCCACCAGGUUUCAAGAUGAACCCAAUUCACUUUGAAAAGGAUGAUGAUGCAAACUAUCAUAUGGACCUAAUAGCUGGACUUGCAAACAUGAGGGCAAGGAACUAUGGAAUCCCUGAAGUGGACAAGCUUAAGGCCAAGUUCAUUGCUGGGAGGAUUAUUCCUGCAAUUGCAACCUCCACUGCUAUGGCAACAGGCCUGGUUUGCUUGGAGCUGUACAAGGUUUUGGAUGGAGGGCACAGGUUGGAGGAUUACCGUAACACCUUUGCCAAUCUAGCCCUUCCUCUCUUCUCCAUGGCUGAACCAGUUCCUCCUAAGGUGAUCAAGCACCAAGACAUGAAAUGGACAGUAUGGGACAGGUGGAUUUUAAAGGAUAAUCCUACUCUCAGAGACCUCCUUCAGUGGCUCAAAGAUAAGGGAUUAAAUGCUUACAGCAUCUCUUAUGGGAGUUGCUUGCUUUAUAAUAGCAUGUUCCCAAAGCAUAGAGAGCGCAUGGACAAGAAAUUGGUUGACCUGGCUAGGGAUGUGGCCAAGGCAGAGCUGCCUCCGUACCGGCGGCACUUUGAUGUGGUUGUGGCAUGUGAGGACGAUGAAGACAAUGAUAUAGAUAUUCCACAAAUCUCCAUUUACUUCAGGUAGGCGUUUUGGCCGUACCAAUCAAAUGAUAACUCCAUCUUAGGAUGAGAUCCCUAUCUAAUUUGAGUUUCAGUUGUAAUAUGAGCAAACAGAUUGGAUAUUUGUUAUGAUGACUGUAUUCACAUAUGCAAAUCUGUAGCGCUGGUUCCCUAGGUUAUUUCGGACAUUUUCUUUCAGUCAAAAGCCACAGUUUUUGCACUGUAUUGAUAGUCAUGAAUCUCGGAGUAAACAUAAAUGCCAGGAGGAUAAUAGAUAUAUUUUAAGAUGUCCAA